ACUUUUAAUCGAAAAAUCUAAGGGUCCUAGAUUUGUCCUAUAAUCAGGAUCUCACGGGGCAUUUGCCAAGUUUAUCUAAUUCUAAUUCUCUAGAGACUUUGAGAAUAGGCAUGACCAACUUUUCGUAUGCUAAACCUACAUCUUCCAGCAAUUUCCACUCAUUGAAGGAGUUAAGUCUUGGCAGGAAUAAUUUAGUUUCCAUGGAUUUGCUCUCUUCAUUCGGUAGGCUUGGGUCUCUAUGCCAGCUGGAACUUUUUGUUGACUCAAUAAGUGAGUUAGGAUCAAUUUUCUCUUGGAUUCGAAACCACAAGAACUUGCAGAGCUUGGCACUCCUUGGAUGCGACUUCUCUAUGACAACACCUUCCUUAGUGAGCAGCUUCAAGACCUUGAGAAGUUUGACCAUGUUUGACUGCUUCAUACCCAGGCCAAUACUUUCUGCAAUUUGCAACCUCAUGGACUUGCAAACACUGGAAAUGAAUGACUGCAGAACAUACGGUUCAAUGCCAUCUUCUGUUGGCAACCUCACAAAUUUGAGGAACAUGCAUAUCAUUGAUUCUGCGUUUUCAGGGCCAAUGCCGGUUGCAAUUGGCAGCCUCACAAAUUUGAGAAACAUGUAUAUUAUUGAUUCUGGGUUUUCAGGGCCAAUGCCGGCUGCAAUUGGCAACCUCACUAACUUGAAAACAAUGGAAAUUCAAAGCGAGUUUUUUGGGACGAUACCUUAUGCAAUCGGGCAGCUCAAAAAAUUGACAUGGUUAGAUCUUGAAGGUUGCAAAUUUUCUGGGAGCAUACCAAGUUCAAUUGUUAAUUUGACUCAGCUAACCAUACUGGAUCUUUCAGAUAAUUCUCUCAAUGGGGAAAUUCCAUCAUCUAUUUUCACUCUUCCAGUAUUACGUGACCUGGAUCUUUUUUGGAACCAGCUUUCUGGCCCUAUAGGAGAGUUUGACAAGGCACCUUCACAGUUGGAGUCUGUGGACUUGAGCUCAAAUGAAUUCUCAAGUCCUAUUCCCAAGGCAUUCUUUCAACUAACAAGCUUGAAGCAUGUGGACCUUAGCUGGAACAACUUGACAGGUUUUUUUGACAAGGCACCCUUACAGUUGGAGUAUGUGGACUUGAGCAAAAAUGAAUCCUCAGGUCCUAUUCCGAAGGCAUUCUUUCAACUAACAAGCUUGCAGUAUGUGGACCUUAGCUCGAACAACUUGAGAGGUUUGGUGGACCUUACCUCGGUUUGGAGAUUAAGUAGCCUUACCUUUUUGAAUCUCUCACAUAACAUGCUCACUGGUAUUCAAUUUACUUCAGAUGUUCUCCCUUCUACUUCACUAGCCAGUCUUGAUCUUAGUUUCAAUAGACUUGGGGGGCGAAUCCCUAUGCCAAACUCAUCAAUAGGAUUCUUGGAUUAUUCAAACAACAGAUUUUCUUCUGUUCUUCCAAACUGGGCUUUCUAUCUUAAUUCCACCAUGUAUCUCAGCAUGUCCAAAAAUAGUUUAAAUGGGCAUAUACCUACUUCAAUUUGCAAUUCCAUGCUGGAUAUCCUUGACCUCUCACAUAACAACUUUAGUGGCCCGAUUCCAUCUUGUCUGAUAGAAAAUGGUUUGUUGAAGGUUUUGAACUUGAGGGAGAAUCACUUUGAAGGGACGUUGCCUUCCAAUAUUACAACCAGAUGUGCUUUACAGACGAUAGAUCUACAUGGUAAUAAGAUUGCAGGGCAGAUUCCCAGGGGACUUUCUAACUGCUCGCAAUUGGAGGUUCUGGACCUUGGAGGCAACCAAAUAGCUGACACUUUCCCAUCUUGGUUGAGGGGGCUUUCCAAUCUUUAUGUGCUAGUCCUGAGAUCCAACCAAUUCUAUGGCGCCAUAAGUGAUAUUGUUAGGGAUAACAGAUCUGAGAAAUGUUUUCCGAGCUUGCAAAUUAUCGAUCUUGCCUCAAACAAUUUCUCUGGGAAUUUGAGAUCGCAAUGGUUCGAGCGGUUAGAAGCGAUGGUGUCAAAGUUCAAUAGUUCAGGAGAAAUUAUCUCUGCUCUAAAUCUCACAAUCCCUAAUGAAUUCUAUCAAGAUUCUAUUGAGAUCACAUACAAGGGGUCUGAUAUGUUGUUUGAAAGGAUCUUGACUACCCUAACAGCAAUUGACUUCUCAAACAAUAGGUUGGAGGGUACCAUUCCCCAAUCAAUUGGACGACUUGUAUCACUACGCAUACUGAACAUGUCACACAACGCCUUCACGGGAAAAAUUCCAGCCCAACUUGGCAGCAUAACUGAUUUGGAGUCACUAGACCUAUCCUGCAACCAACUCUCAGGGGAGAUUCCACAAGAGCUAACUGAUCUCACCUUUCUUGCCUCCCUGAACUUGUCAAACAACCGCUUGGUGGGAAAGAUACCGCAAUCGCAUCAGUUCUCUACAUUCGAUAGCAAUUCAUUUGACGGGAAUGCAGGACUAUGCGGACCGCCACUAUCUAAAUUACCUUGUGGCGCUUCGCCUUAUACUCCAAUUGUGCCAGACGUAGACAAGUCCUCUCAUCAUGUUGAUGUGGUCUUGUUUCUCUUCAUCGGGCUGGGCUUCGGUGUCGGAUUUGCAGCUGCUAUUGUGCUGAAAUGGGAUCGGAUCGGAAGACGGUUUAUUGCAACUGCAAGAGCUUUGCUAACUUGAUCGCCGAUGGGAAGGUGA